UCAUACCCAAACGCUUCCAAACCAUGCCGACCCUCCCCACAACUGCGCACCUCCAAUUCCAAACGAGCAAAAUCCUAGUUACCACCCACAUAUAUCAUCAUCUUGCACAUCCUAAAUCCUUCAUUUCUAAUCCACUGAAGAAGAGCAUCUCCAUAAAGAAGCCAAGUACUUGCUUGGUGCCACAUGGAGCCAAGUCCUCAUCAGGCCCCGGAGGAAUAGAUUUCCGCAAGAUAGAGAGGGUCAUAAGAUUGCACUCUGCUAUUAAGAAUCGCCGCAUCAAAGAAUUAUUAGACUUGGCUGCUGAUGAAUGUCGAGACUACUUGGAUAUUCUUUUAACCAUUGAUCCUGUCGAGCUGAGUCAGAAAGUGCUCGACGUCUUCUAUGCUUUCUUACUCUCAAACCGGAUACAGUUGGUGAUCAAGCCGGCAAAGGAUGUGGGAGUGGAUAUUGGAAUAAAAUGUUGUUUAGAAUGGCCAGAGAGUCGCUUGCCAUUAUUACCUGGUUGCAGCCUCUACUCAUCUCAUAUCUACCAUGGAAUGGUGUUCGUAAGGAAAGAGACGAAUAUUUUAGGAUCACUGCAUCAUCGCAUGGAACUCCUUGGACCGAAGCUGGAAAAAAUCUUUUUGCCCAUGAUUGAUAAGAUUGUACCAUCAGGUGUUCUCGAAGGGAAGAGCAGGGUUGCUUUCCUGUACUGCUUGCUUAGUCUUGUAUUCAUGGUUGUAUUUCUUGUCUUCUUUAAGAACACGUUUGUCUAAUGUGACACUGACGACUCCUUUUGGAUGCACUUUAAAAGACAGCUUAAAGGUCUCUGACUCCACACACACACACACACACACACACACAUAUAUAUAUAUAUAGCUGUAAAAAUAGUGAUAAGAGUUUAUGAAAAUCAAAUCAUCUUUUUUUAGAGUAAAUUAAACCUGCUUUAUAAUACAGUCUCAAACCUCAUACAAAAAUCAAACUAAAAAAGAAAAAAGAAGUACUGCAACUGCAAAAACCAGCAGGGUUGGUAGUUCAAACUACUUUUACCUCAAUGAAAACUGGAGCCCCUUCAAAUCAUAAAUUUAAUUCACACUGUUGGUGAUUCAGGUAAAGCAACAGGAUCACUUAAAAUGCUUAUUAUGCCAACAGAAGAGGUUUUAGUCAACAUAUUCUGUCACCACACGCUGGUAUAUGGAAUUCAGCACUAAUAUGCCAGCAGCUUGCAGAUGCAUGGAGUACUGUUAGUAUCUAACAGCUGACUCACAUGUCAGUUGUCUUGGAGAAGAAAAUAUUUUUUUAUGAAAAAUAAUAGAAGAAUGAUUUGACAAAAAAAAAAAUCCAAGAUCCCAAUUUUAUGAAGACUUGAAAAAAAAUACGUCCUUGAUAAAAACACAGCAUUUAAAUGAUUUGAGGAAAAAAAAAAUUCAGAGAACCCAAUUUUACAUAACUAGAAAAUAUCAUUUGGAGAUAAGACAUUUUGGAAUAAAAGAAAUUAAAGAGUCUUUGCAAAGGCAUUAGUAGAAAGUAAUUGUUGGAAUUUAAAGAGAACUAAAAAGGUUAUGGUAAUGAUAAAAAGAACUAGAAUUUACCCCCCUAAACAACAAAAGUAAUUUUUCACCUAGCGCAUUUUUUUAUGAAAAUCACAACAAUUGUAAAUGAUCUGAAACCAAGAACCAAAAUUUAGGAAAACACAGCAUAUACGUAAUUCGAAAAAAAUCCAAGAAUCCAAUUUUAUAAAAAAUUAGAAUAAUAAUUUAGAUGAAAAGAGAGUGUUCAAACGAUUUGCGAAAAAGAAUCGAGAAGAAGUACUUUCUUUUGAAAUAUACAUUUCUAAAAUGUUUUGAAAAGAAAAUCCAAGAACCCAACUAUAUACAUUAGAAGAGCAUUAGAAGCACAAUACGUUGGAAAAUAAAUGCAAUAAUAGAACUUUCGUGAGUAUUAGUAGAAAGGAUUGUUUGCUGAAAUUUUUGUCAGCACAUAAAACUGAAGAGUAUAAUCACACAAAGAUAGAACCCUACGUUUAGGGAAGGAAAAAAAAAAA